UUUGAUUUUACAGAAUGGGAAGCCUAUGAGCACCUAUCACAGCUGUAGUAUUGGUUGUCACAGCACCUGCUGAUGCUCAAAUAGUUGCGGCAAAGAAAGUUAUCAUCUUUUCACAUUACCAGCAGUCAUGUGCAACAGGAUGAUACGCAAGAGAAAAGGCGCUGGUGUUUACCUGGCUGCAGCUGUUAUUCUGACGUGUUAUUUUGCGCAAACUUUAGACUGUUAUCGUCUGAAGAAAACAGAAAGACGAGAAGGGAGAAAAGAUGCCGAUGCAACAAAUGGGUUCCAAGAGGGGACAAUUGUUUUCGGGAGAGCUUUUGAAAAAGGGUCAGGUCUUGAUUCUCAAGUCACAGACGGGACCAAUAAAUCAUCCUCAAACGCUUAUGAGGAGGAUGAAGGUGAUUAUCAAGCAGACGCUGCAGGUGGGAUGAGCCCAACACAAGUGGCCAGUCCCCAAGACUCAUCAUGGAAGAGCAUGUCGCCCUCACUGCAGUGUGGUUCGGGCCAGUUGAAGUUCAGAGCGGUGGAACCAGGAGCAUCACAAUUUGCAGUAGAACAAGGAAAUGCACCUCCAAUGCCUCUGUCCCAGGUCCCGUCUACCUGUGGCUACAGCAUGCAGAGGAACUCACAUGCACUUGUCAUGUUGGUUCCCUAUGAUGGCUGCAACAUGGUUCAAGAGGGUGGAAGUUAUGUACUCCCGAUGCGUUGGCAAGGAAUUCCAGUAUCUCUCUGGUGUUCCAAACCUGCCUCAACUCCUGCUUCCAAAACGACUUCCCCCAAUUCCCCUGUAGCUCAGAUGCCUCAAUACCCUCAGAUUCCUCAAUUCCCUGAUAUACCACAGAUGCCUCAAUUCCCUGAGAUGCCUCAAUUCCCUGAGAUGCCUCAGAUGCCUCAAUUCCCUGAUAUACCUCAGAUGCCUCAAUUCCCUGAGAUGCCACAAAACCCUGGGAGGCCUCAAUUCCCUGGGAGGCCUCAAUUCCCUGGAAGGCCUCAAUUCCCUGAAAGGCCUCAAUUCCCUGGGAGGCCUCAAUUCCCUGGAAGGCCUCAAUUCCCUGGAAGGCCUCAAUUCCCUGGAAGGCCUCAAUUCCCUGGGAGGCCUCAAUUCCCUGGGAGGCUUCAAUUCCCUGGGAGGCCUCAAUUCCCUGAGAGGCCUCAAAACCCUGAAAGGCCUCAAAAUCCUCAAAACCCUGAGAUGCCUCAAUUCCCUCAAAACCCUGAGAUGUCUCAAUUCCCUCAGAUGCUUCAAUUCCAUCAAAACCCUGAGAUGCCUCAAAUCCCUCAAAACCCUGAGAUGCCUCAAUUCCCUCAAAACCCUGAGAAGCCUCAAAACCCUGAGAAGCCUCAAAACCCUGAGAAGCCUCAAAACCCUGAGAAGCCUCAAAACCCUCAGAUGCCGUUUCCACAAUAUAUGCCGAUGUAUCCUGCGUUUAAUCCUCUUUAUCCUCCCAAAUAUCCAGCUACAAAGCCAAAACCUACUGCGACAACACCAACUACAACUAAACCAAAGGCUAAAAAUCCCUCAUCGCAGCUUCCACCAUCUAUGCCUUACUAUCAUCUUUACCCUAUGUCCCCUCCCUAUCCCCAAUAUCCAGCCACUCCAGCUACCACUGUGAAAACAGAUUGCCCGCCCACUCCGGCACCCCCAUCCUCCUUUUCAUCCCCAUACCUCACAGCUGCUUUUGAUACGAUUGACCACUCCAUCCUUAUCUCUCGUCUAGAGCACUGUGUGGGUAUCAUGGGCACUGCCUUAGAGUGGUUCAGGUCCUAUCUGUCCAAGAGAUCUUUCUCUGUUACGCUUGAAAACAUGGCGUCUCCUACCACCUUUAUGCGGACGACUCCCAAUUAUAUCUACCCCUAA